AUGGAUAAACCAACUCCCCUGUAUGACAGAACCCUUCAUUUCGGUCGUCGUUGUCAGUUAUCAGGCCUGCUCUUCGCUCCAAAUGUGACGCACACACGGGGAUUCUGGGAUAUGGACCCUGUCUUAUCCUAUUACAGCUCAGCUACGGAAAACGCAAUACAGAUUGUGCUCGGUGCUGUCUCCAUAAUGCUGUGCUUCGUCAGCACGUUGUUACUAAUAGGUGCUUGUUGUAACCUUCCGAUUCUGAUAGAAAUAUACCAGUGGGGUGUGCUGGUUUACAGCAGUACGGUCGUUCUACUGUUCUUCAUCUUGGUGAUAUUCUGCUUCUUUGUCCAUACCAAUUGUGUACUGGCUGGAGCUGUGCUGUUGGCGUUGAUGGUGGUAGUGGUUUUAUCCCCCGAACACGCCGUAUCAUCAACUGCUCUUCUCAUUCCGACUGGAGUCGGGGCGAUAUCACUCAUAUUUAUCUUCACCGGUGUUGUAUUAUUUUUCGCUACUUUAGGAGACGAUGAAGGGUUAGUGCAGAUGUUUGUGUGGGUGACAUUUUUGGCCGUCUUAAUAGGAUUUUUUUUGGUGCUGAUGAUUGCUGGUGAAUGUCUACUGAAGCCUGUCUGCAUUUUAUCAGACUUUGACUGGCUUUCUGGGUCUGCGCUGUUGGUGCUCAUCGUGGGAUAUCUUUUAGGUUAG